UUACACCGCUAACAGCAAAUUAGUAAAAAAAAUUUAGAAAAUUCAUCCGCCUGUGAUUGUAAUUGUAAUUGUUCAAUAAAAAAUGGGCGACAAAUUGUUUAAUAAGCUUUUGUUGAUUGCCGGUUUUGCCAGUUUGGCUCACGCUGCAUUUUCGGCUGCCCACCAUCGGACUUAUUUGAGGCUGACGGAGCAGGAGUGGACCAGUCUGCCUUUGGAUAUUAUUCUGCAGACCGUCAUCAGUUUGGUUGUUGUGAUUUACAACAUUAUCGAGGUGGUUGGAAACUUCAAGGAAAUACGAGCCACAGUGGACAUGCAGCAGAAAACGUGGGACACUCUGGGCAAUUUCCCCUCGUUUUACUCCUUCAAUCACCGCGGUCGUGCCUUGAAUCCUAGCUACACGCCCCCUGAAUAAGAAUUACACCUUUUAAGUUCUGCUAUCCUUUAUUUAUAGUUUCAGCCUGUUACUCGAUAAAUAGCGCAAAAAGAACAA